AUGGAAGAUCUUACGGAAGCCUUUCCGUUGCUCUUGGAAGCCCGAGCGUCUGUGACGCAGGGAGAGUUUGAACACGGGAUUGCUAUAUACAGCGAGCUUCUUGAGAGCAUGAACCCCGAUGACGAGAAGGUCCCUUAUGUUUAUAUUGAGUAUGCCGAUGCUCUCAUUAAAAGCUCGAACGUGUUUUUCAUCGAGGAGAUAUCCCGGAUCAGCGGAAGAAAGGGAUUGAAUUUGGAAGAAAGAAAGGGUGCCGAGGACGAUCUGGAGAUUGCAUGGAACCUUCUGGAGAUAUGCAAGAGCGCCUUCAGCAUAUUGAAGGAUUACGCGAUGCUGGCAAGAACAAGGUUCCUUCAGGGAGAAAUCUGCCUGCUGAAUAACGAGUUCCGAGACGGACUGCAUGAGCUUGUUGAGUGUGUUGCAGUGAUGGACAAGAUAUAUGAGAAGGACUGCUUCAAGUAUGCAGAUGUGUAUCUGUCGCUUGCAAACUGCUAUGAGUUUUUGGAGGACUUCGAAAUGAGCAAAGAGUAUUACGACAAAGCAAUAGGAAUAUACAGGGCUGAGCAGGAAAGAAGGGAGUCUGAUGAGGAGAAGAAUGAGAUUUGCGAUGUCAUAACCGAGCUUUUGCAAAAGGGGACGGAGCUGAGAUACAAGAAGGAGAGGCUUGAGAAUGUGGAUCUCCCUGACGAGCCUGAGUCGGACGACAUGUUUAUCGACAUAAAUGCUUGUAAACGUAAUAAAAAAUAA